UUUUUAUUGCAGUCUGUCUGUAUGAUGUCCAUGGUGUCCAUUCAAGUUAGGUCUGCCGAGCGUCAAAGUACGCAAUUUCGUCUAAAAAAAAAAUUAACUGUUCAAAGGCCAGCGUCUGGAUGUGCAGCGUAAACCCUGGUGAACUCGAAGACAGAAAAACGGGGGAGGUUCACGAGUUACAACCGUGUGGAUCUUCACGUACGAGGGAUGCCAUUAAUCACUAAUGAAAACCAAAAUGUACAGUUUUGAAGGCGACUUUCGACAGAGGCCCAAGCAGUCGUUUGGAGGAGCGAGCAAACGCAAGGUUGAUAGGGAAAAUCUUCUCAAAGAAAGUGCUUAUCACAGGCAGAGCAGAGAGGAAUGCAGACGACAACAGCAGGCCGCUGUGACGAUACAGUCAUAUGUCCGUGGGUUCUUGGCGAGAAGGAGACUGGCAAACGAACAACGACAGAUGUUCACGGCAGCGUCAAGAGUGUCUGUAGACCUGGAUAAGCUGUUGCACAGGCUGAUCUUCUUCUACGACCCCAAGCAAGACGCGCAACUGUUGGUUUGGCUGAGUCAGCAGGUCCUGACCCGUAAGGACCAAGUAGCGGGGAACUUGAAAGACCCGGUGUGCCGCCUACGAAUCCGCAAACUCCUGGGACUCAGCGUCGAACACCUAAGCAGACCGGAUCACACCGUAGCUCCGUCGCUCCGUCUCCUGGAAGUUUUCACGUCCUUGGACGUAUACGGACCUGCUCCGGGAGGCAACGGCGGCAUUGCCGAAGAUUUUCCGUCCCUCAAGUGGUUGAGGGAACUGUGGAGCUUUCUCGUCCUGCAGCGUAACUUCUACGGCCACCUCUGCUGCCUCCUGCGGCUGCGGGUUCCCGAUCCGUGCCCUGAAGGGGCCGGACCUAAGCCUCCUACGCCAUUGGCCGAAGCUGUGCUCGCGCUCGCUCUUCGACCAAUAGAAUUGCCUCUGGUGGGAAAUGGGGAUGUCUUCGUCCACAGGGAUGCAAUGAUUGGUGCUCUCCUCAAAGGGUUGAUCGGUGAUAGCCCACAGGUGGUGCGAUUUGUGGUGCCCGCAUUGGCCGCAAAGAAGAGCCUCCCGACGGAACCUCUCUUGCGUGGCCUCCUCUCUCUGGAUCCAUCCCCUUGGAGUCUUCAUGCCCUGAUGCAGAUGGCGCCACCUACAGACCCCCGUUUCUUGCUCACUCUGGCACACGUCGCUCCGUGCCUGGUCGCCUCAGCAAACUGCCAGUCCGACCCCAAGGGAAUAUUCCCAGUGUUCCUCAACGGCAACGGGGACUUGAAAGACCCGGACAACGAAGACGAAGAGAUGCAGGAUGCGGAGACAUCGACGGACAUUGAGUUACUGGAAGACGAAGUCCGCCACGACGCAGUGGAGCGGAUCAACAGUCCGGAAACGGUGACGGUGAUGGUGGAGGCUGCAUCCACGUGCACCACUUCGCUGAGCUGCCUGUGCAAAGUGGCGCACGUUCUGCUGUGUUACAAGCCCUUGGCAAUGCAUCGGUAUCGUCUGCUGUACACGCUUGCAUUUCGACCCGCUUUUCUACGUCGGCUUUGGGAAGAGAUUGGCAACGCUAGAGCUACGUCUGUCUUCUCGAACUUGCAAGCCCCUCUGCUCCAAGUACUCACAUCGGGACUUCCUCCGGCGCCGGGGGACGUGGAAAACUUUGUGCCAAAGCUGACCCUCUUCUGCAGCUUGCUGUGUCAUCUCUUGCCGACUUUGCACGACGUGGAGUUCUACGAGACUGAAAGUACCGCCGUACCCUUCGACCUGGUCGAACUGGUGAAGAUAUCCGCCCAGUUACGAAACCUAUGCCUCGGACUCAUAGAGCUCUGCUUUCCGGACACCCGAUCGCACGACCAACACGGUUGCCCGAUCGUGUGGGUGCAGCUCUUUAAGUCAUCGGUGGCCCUCCUGCGCCAGCUGUAUGCACGUGACUCGAGGCGGUCGUUUUGUCCGGACGACCACUGGAUCGCGUCCCGGGUGUCCAUCGUUCCCGAGAGGGCAGUGGAUUGGAACCUGACGAGGUCCCAGCUGCGUUCCCGAGCUUCCAGCGCUAACAUCGUCAAAACACGAGAACAGUUUGAAGAGGAAGGGCCCCCCUUAUCAACGAGCGAGCUUCGUAGCAUCACCGUGCUUCAAGAGAUCCCCUUUGUCAUCCCAUUUCCAACUCGAGUCAGGAUAUUUCAGCAGUUAAUUUCGAAAGAUAAGAACGAAAAUCAGCGGGAACUUUCAAACUUCCUGAUGGGGCCCCAGAUACAACUGCAGAUAAGACGCAACUACAUCUACGAAGACGCCUUCGACAACCUUUCCGCCGAGCCCAACCUCAAGCACCGCGUCCGCAUCCAGCUCAUCAACACGGCGGGCCUCGAAGAAGCGGGGAUUGACGGCGGUGGCGUGUUCCGCGAAUUCAUGAACGAGCUCCUCCGCACCACGUUCGAUCCGAACCGCGGCCUCUUCCGUUGCACAAACGACCGACGCCUCUACCCCAACCCCGGCGUCGGACUACUUCCGGACUACAGGGACUACGCCAGGCACUACGCGUUUGCGGGACGCAUGCUGGCAAAGGCCAUCUACGAGGGCAUGCUGGUCGAGCUGCCGCUGGCCGUGUUCUUCUUGGAGAAGAUUUUGUGUCCCGGCGACCUAGAUAUUCAUCAUUUGGCGUCUCUCGAUCCGUUGGUGUAUAGAAAUCUGCUCUAUUUAAAACGUUACGAGGGAGACGUCUCGGACUUGGGGCUGGACUUCACGGUGACGAAUAGCGACCUCGGAGAGAGCAAGAUAGAAGAGCUGAAACCGAACGGCGCAAGCAUUCCUGUGACCGCUGCAAAUCGUAUAGAGUACAUCCAUCUCAUGGCAGACUAUAGGUUAAAUAAACAGAUACGAACGCAAUGUCUAGCAUUCAAGCGCGGGCUGGCGGAGGUGCUCCAGCCGGAGUGGCUGGCAUUAUUCUCGGCGAGGGAGCUUCAGACGCUGAUUUCCGGAGCGCACACUCCCGUGGACCUCGACGACCUCCGAGCGCACACUCACUACGAGGGAGGUUACACGAGCGGUCACCCGGUCAUCGUGGCGUUUUGGCGCGUCGUCUACGAGUUUGACGAGCGACGCAGACGACUGCUGCUCAAGUUUGUCACCAGUUGCUCGAGACCACCUCUACUCGGAUUUAGGGAACUGGUACCGGGAUUCUGCAUCCAGUCAGCCGGUGCCGAACCCAGUCGCUUACCAACUGCAUCGACAUGCAUGAACCUGCUCAAACUUCCAGAAAUCAACGACGAGAACGCGCUGAGGGAAAAACUGCUCUACGCCAUCGAGUCCGGAGCCGGAUUUGAGCUGAGCUAGCAUCCGGCUUCCAUCCUCGCAACAUCCAGGUGUGGAUCGUGUGAUGAAAACAAUGUGCAGGAGGACAAUGUAACGCCGACCACAUUUGUAAGAAUGGACUUAAAAGCCGUAAUAUAUAUGUGUACAUAACAGACUUAGGACGUUAACUGCUUCCGUGUUGCGGCUCUCCCGUGAUGGUGACUCGAUCGAUGAGCAUGCCUGGCGGCUCGGUGAUUUUCUCGGAAAUCACGUGCUGCAAGGUUAAGGUGCGAUACUACACCAGUGAAGUUGAAUAAACUUACUAAGUUUAUGUGUCAUCCA